AUGGAUACUGUAGAAAUAAAUAACAGUACACCUGAAGCCCAUACAACAGAGGAAUACUGUGAGAAUAAUGAUAACAGUACACCUGAAGCCCAUACAACAGAGGAAUACUGUGAGAAUAAUGAUCCUACAGACGAGCAGUCAACUGAAGAUAUAGGACUAAUUAUUUCUUUGGCACCACCUCGUGUAGCAGUCAAUCAGGCAAUGCAUUAUAUGGAUAAUUUUAAUUCGGGGCGAUUUCAAAAGUUCGACUUUGGCCCAAAAGAGAACAUGAAACUCUACGGUCAAAAAAUUCCUCCCCUCUAUAACCUGUCAGCUGUUACCGCUCCAAUAGCCUUCUUCUAUGGACAACAGGACAGUUUCUUUGUUGACGGGGAUUAUUAUGAAUCAGCUGAACUCCUUCCGAAUGUGGUCCUUAUUCACAGAAUUUCGUACGACCGCUACACGCAUUCUGACUUUAUUUUGGCUAGGAACUCGACGGAAUUGGCCUACGAACCCACUUACAAACUUUUCAAAGACUACGAUGAUGGAAUAGUGCCUCCAAGAGUUAAGGUUCCCGACAAUUAUAUUUAAAUUUACAGCAAGAAAAUGUGUAUAUCUCUAGUAUUUUAGUGUGAGCAAAUAGGUGUUUUUGUUGUUCUUAAUUAGAUAUAAUUUAUUUAAUUGACUGACUAAAUAACAUUACGAUUAGCCCAUUUUUCAAUGGAUUAAUCUCAACACUUUUGAGUGUAGAGAGCAGUUUUUCAAUCUUAGGUAUGUUUAAUCUGUGAUAAUUUAUAAGAGAAGGGCUGCGGAGAUUUUAAAUGUUAAAUAACUGAAUUGGAAAUAUUUCUAACAUUAGGUACAUGAAAGAAUGUGUAGUAUAACUUUAAUAAUUAUUAAAACAAGUUUUUUCCCGCGAUUCGGCCCGCGUUACACAAUCAUCCGUGCAUUUUCUUUAUCUUUUUUUUUACAUGUACAAAUUUAAAUGAUCGUUUACCCCUAUAUAGAUAGAGCUAAUAAGCUUACAAUUACACUCUUUAAACUAUGUUUCGAAAAUUAAUAGUUUUAGAGCUAGCUAUUCCUAAUGGAAGAUUUCAACUCUCGAUUUUUUGGGAAUUGUAUAACCUUUAAAAACAAUUAAUUUUUUUAUUUUUCAAUUUUUUACACAUUUUUUUACUUAAAAUUUGUAAAAGCCUCUAAUAUAACAAUUUUAUUUUUAUCAUCUUUGUAGGGUAUUAUGAAUUUAAAAAAAUCGGAAAAUUUAAACACCGUGUUUAUUUUUUAUUCUCUACAUAGAAGUCUCUAUAUCAUAUAAAUCCUCUACAUAGUCUUAUACUAAGGGCUGGCAAAGGUUAAGCUUGAUUUUCAUGCAUCCGUUAUCCGACGAUACGAUGGUACGAUAUUAAUUUUAUUGGU